AUGUCAACCUGCUUGAGUGAUCUAAACACAUUGUUCCUGCAACCCGCCGCUACAGGAACUAUGACAACUCGAACGUUCUCAGAAUCUUCACUUGCCAAGCUCGCAUAUUUCCCGCCAUCCAAGAGGGGACCAGGUUUCCGCACUAUCUCCAUGGCAUCCUACUCAAGCUCCUCGAGCUCCGAAGAUUCAGUUGAGGUUCCCGACGAUCUCAACAGCAAGGAGAUACUCCUGUUCUCGGGUUUCGACGAUGAAAUUGCGGAUAUGAUUUGGCGUCAUUGGUGCAACGAUGAGGACCAGCAAGAUUUCGUUGUCGAAGCCGGCCGCCAUUACAUCAAAGCAAAGGCUACGGAACUGAAUGCUUACGAUGAAGAUGAUGACUGGGACGCGGCUCUUCAGAACAUGGGUAUUUCGACUGAGAUGCGACAAAGUAUCAUGACUCCAGAAUUCAAAGACGUUCGAUGCACACAGAGUGCUGCAUACUGGGCCUUGGAUAACCUCGAUGAAGCCUUCAAUUUUCUUUCGGGUCUCAGCAACAAGAUUGACAAGCUGCACAACGCCAACACAAUCGAUCGCGUCAAGUCCCCUGAUGAGAACAAGAAGCCUCAACCUGCUAUGCGCUCCGGUCGUCAAGGCCGCUCAAGUAAAUCUUCAAGCAGCGGUGAUCAUUCUACACCCACCACAUCUUCUUCGUCAUCUCCUCCCAACGCCCUCGAGGGGCGCACCAUGAUGUACAAAGGCGGUUCUGAGGCGCGUCUUCAGAAUGGCAUUGAUGAAGCUCAGAGCCUCUUGAUUGGAAGACUAUACUCCACAGCGCCGACAGACUUUCACCCCAGCAGCAACGAGCUGCUCUACUUCACAAAGCAUCAAGGUGUCGCCAUCAAGUAUGCUCGAUACCAAGCCGAACGUCUUCCUGCCGUCAAAGCAGCAGUUCUCCAAGUUGCUAUUCCCAACAGCCUCAUCAACGAUGCUCGCGAGAUCUAUGGCGAUAACUGGCGCGAUCUUGUGUGGAAUUCUCGAAACCAAAGAUUGCACGCUCGUGGAAUUCGACUACCGAACCACCUUCGCCCAUUCACCAGCUGCGAUGUACUCGUUAGUAACCUGUGCACAGAUGCUACGGAGAAGAUCAGUACGAGAAUGACAGAUAAGAGCGAGCUCAAAAUGAGCAAGCUCCCAAACGGUGCGAAGGUUACUCAGCACGUUAUUCAAACGUUAUCGCGACAGACCGAGAUUGCGACGCAGACUGUCGGCUUCGUUUGGCUGGUGCCCUAUAUCCCAUCAGAACAUGGCAAUGAGAAGAAGUAG